AUGACGACGUGGGUCCCAGACGUCUCGCCCGAGAGCCCCUUCUCGUUGGCCAACAUUCCGUUUGGCAUCAUCACCACCGAGCAUGACUCUGCGCCCCGGGCCGCUGUGGCCAUUGGGUCUCACGUGGUAGAUCUCAAGGCACUCUCUGGGUCCAAGGAGUUUGCCGAGGCUGCAACGACCAUCCCGGGACUUGGCGAUGUGUUCUCGCAGCCGACACUCAACGCCUUCGCCGCGCUCGGCCGCCCGGUCCACCAGCAAUUGCGCGCGUUUCUCCAGGACAUUCUAUCCUCGGACACCAAGCAUCCCGCGGUGCUGCGGGAUAACGCGAAAUUGCGGCAGAGGGCCCUGGUCCCGCAGGCCAAGGUCAAGAUGCAUCUGCCUAUGGACAUCCGGGACUACACGGACUUCUACGCAGGCUAUCACCACGCUUACAAUGUGGGAGUGCUGUUCCGGGGCCCGGCCAAUGCCCUGCAGCCGAAUUACGCGCACCUGCCGGUUGGCUACCACGGCCGCGCAUCCAGCAUCGUGGUCUCGGGAACGCCGAUCCGGCGCCCGUGGGGCCAGAUCUUGCUCGACCCCGCCGCGGAGCCCAAGCAGCCCACGACGGCCCCGUGCCGACGGCUCGACAUCGAGCUCGAGCUAGGGUGUUUCAUCGCGAAGCCCAACGCGCUUGGUGAACCCGUCAAGGUCGAGGAGGCGGAGGAGUUCAUCUUUGGCUACGUCCUGCUCAAUGACUGGAGCGCGCGCGACAUCCAGGCCUGGGAGUAUGUGCCCCUGGGCCCAUUCAACGGCAAGAACUUUGGUUCAACCGUCAGUCCCUGGGUCGUCCUCGCAGACGCCCUGGAGCCGUUCCGGACCAAGGGCUUUGAGAACAAGACGCAGCUGCAAGACUACCUGAGAGAGACCAAGGAGGAGACGGCCUUGGACAUAGAGCUGCAGAUUGAUCUGACGACGGUGGAGGGCGAUACUACGACUAUAGGAGUCACCAGCGCCAAGCACCUGAUGUGGUCAUUCCCACAGAUGAUAGCUCACCACACGCUCGGCGGUUGCCCAUUGAAUACCGGGGACAUGCUUGGAUCAGGCACCAUCAGCGGCACAAAGCCCUCGGAGAGGGGAAGCCUGCUGGAGAUGAGCGAGGGCGGCAAGAAGGACAUCAACCUCGCGGGCAUGCAUGUCCGCAGGUUCCUCAAGGAUGGAGAUACCAUCACGCUACGCGGGGUGUGCGGCAAGGAGGGAGCGCGCGUUGGAUUUGGCGACUGCACGGGGACUAUCUUCCCUGCGAUACAGAGGUAG